AUCCACACACACACACACACCAAAAAACAGCAGUUGGCAUCACCACCUCUCUGCUGUCUAUUUAAAUGUUAAAGAAACGCUUGUUGAAUAUGGAGGGGAUCGUAGAAAUCUUGUUAUUUGCCAUGUUGGCAGUAUCUCCUAUAUCUGGUUUAUAUUUUCAUAUAAGUGAAACCGAGAAAAAGUGUUUUAUUGAAGAAAUACCCGAUGAAACCAUGGUUAUCGGAAAUUACAAGACUCAGUUGUAUGACAAGAAUAUCAAUGAGUUCCUUCCUUCAAGUCCUGGAAUUGGAAUGCAUGUUGAAGUUAAAGAUCCUGAGGACAAGGUUUUGUUAUCUAAAGUAUAUAGUGACAAAGGACGUUUUACUUUCACAUCACAUACACCAGGAGAACAUUUGAUAUGUCUUUACUCUAAUUCCACCAAAUGGGGUAUGUUCAACAGUGGAAAAAUGAGGAUCCAUCUUGAAAUUGAAGUUGGAGAACAUGCUAAUGAUUACAACCAAAUACAAGAAAAAGAUAAGAUGACAGAACUGCAACUGAGAAUACGUCAACUCUUGGAUCAAGUUGAGCAAGUUCAAAAAGAACAAAAUUAUCAGAGGUAUCGUGAAGAGAGAUUUCGUCAGACAAGUGAAAGCACAAACCAACGAGUACUCUGGUGGUCCCUUGGUCAGACUGGCAUUUUACUGGUUACUGGAUUUUGGCAGAUGAGGCACCUUAAGAGUUUCUUUGAAGCAAAAAAGCUAGUUUAGAGUUGUCAAUUUAAUUUUAGUCCCUCGCUUGAAAUUUAUUUUGAGUGACUUUAUUACAAUCAUUCUGAAUCCAUUUGACUUGUUUUCAGUUUACUUUUAGAAUCCUUUACUUGUAAUUCAUUUUAGAAGCCUUAUCUUGUAAUUCAUGAUAAACUCCAAUUACAUUUCUAGUUUUGCUGAUAUUCUCAUGCUCGGCCAUUUGGCAAGUCGAAUGGCCAAGCGGUUAAGGCAUGGGCACCUAAAGUUCUGGAGGUGGAAGUCUUCUCGGAUAAGGACUAUAACCCGUAGGCCCAGUGUACAUAAUUGGCUCAUGUGCACUUUAAAGAACCCAGUACAUCUUUCGUGAUGAGCAGGGGGUUACCCCGGUGUACUAGUCUAUACAGCCUCUGCCAUCUUGUGAUGGGAUUGCCGCUUUGAAGAGUAAUUAACUUUACUGUUCGGCAUAUCCUUGGCCCAGUGCCUGAAACUGAAUAAAUGAAAAACAAUAAGAAGGCUCAACGUUAUAAUUAUUAGAUACAUCUUUAAAUUGAUGUGGUUGAAUAAUUGUUUUUACUAAGCAGAAUAUUGCCUAAUUUGGAUUUUUGUCUUUAAAAAAAACCUACCAUAUAGAAGUAUU